AUGGGAUAUGGGAAACGUCUUAGAGAUUCGGAGGAGACAGUCCCCAUUCCCUUUCCGAGAUCAAAGCAAACAAGGGUGGAACCAUGUCACUUUAAGGAAGGGAGUAAUCUACUGGAUUGUUCCUACACGGUAGAAACUCAGAACCGAUUUAACCCUCUGACUGAUUGCGUGUCAGCACUUAAAGACGAAGAGCGAAUAAUACCUCAAAUAACAAGCAAUGUGGGCAACAGUAAGAGUGUAGCCUCUCCUCAGAAGGAGGAACUGGUCCUUGGCACAGCCAAUUAUAUGACAUUUGAACAGUCCCAUUUAAUAAUCAAAACUUUGCACUGUAUAUUCAAAAGACUAGAUGAUCUUUCGUCCCAGCUGCACAGCCUCCAACAAAAGCUAGUUACUACCUCUCCAGCGACAGCCGGUGUUAAGUCUCUUGAAGAGAGGAAGGGGACGAGGAGUUUGUCCUUAAAUAACAAACGUACUGACAAAUUUAAAUACAACCUUAACCUUCAAUUAGGUCAUCAAUCUUUGAUUUUAACACCAAGGAAAGUGUGCCUAACUAUACAAAAUGGGGACCCAAGAUGGAGAACUCUGGGCGGUGCCAAGGAACUCCUAAUGGUGCUUUUAAAUAUGGAGGCAACACAGAUUGACCUCUGUGCAGUCAUCCCACUUGUCUAUCAUCAUAAAUCACAGAGAGUCCUGCUUGCGUUCCAAUCCACAAAAAUUCCCACUAUCAUAUUACGAAGGAAAGCUUUUUUGUUUCGCUGCGGUAUAGCACCAACGAGAACCUUUAUAGACCCUACGCCUAAACCCCUACUGUUGGAGGCAAUAACCAAAGAGGACUUAAAACCUGCUAAACCCGAUCCACCAGUGGCCACAGGAGUGGGUGUUCUCCUCCAGGAGAUGAGUCAAGUGGCCUCCACUCCCUUAGCAAAGAACAACGACCAUCCGGAAAGUGGCCUGACACCACCAGAAGAGAUCGAACUCAUUGCCUCCUUUGCAGAUUUACCAGCGGUGGAACAAAAAGAAAUUAUUAAUAGACUCGAAUCGCUUAAAACCCAACUUAUCAGGAAGCUCAGCACCAGAAUACCUAUGUACAGCGAGUAUGACAUCCUAGAAGAACCAGUUCAUAUGGAUAUCGCAAUAUCUAAUGUUAAAUGUAUGUCGGUAAUGGAGGAUAAGAUACAACCCCAAGAAGCAACUACCAGUCCUUCCCUCCAACCAGAACAACCCUCCGUGCUCUUAAUAGAUUUAUAUGACCGUCCCUUGACAAACAUACCUGAAGAAAGCAGCACACAACAGGAAAAAUCCCCUUCUACACAUUCAUCGAUGCCAGACCUGGAACCUUCUUAUAGCACUGACCAAUCAAGAGAUGAGGUGCCUUUGCCAACCUUCCCAAAUAGCCCACUCGCCCAGCCUUAUUCUUCUUUGCGGAGUAUUAUGGAUUUAACAGCAAGACCUGCGACGGAACUGACUGAAGAUCCAACAGGCCACAUAAAUCAAGUAGCCCAAAAGACCAGUAGCAGAUUACAGGGAGACCAAACUUCUGACGAGAUAGAUGGACCACACCGGGUGGCCCACCAAACUCUUUUGGAAAAGGGGUCGCCCCUGCUCAAGGUCCUACUUUUAGUAGAUCGAGUGGCCAAGUUCAACAGUCAGACAACCUUGUUAAUCCUCCCACUCAGCUUUUACGAGAGGUCUCUCAUCAGAGGAAGAUAA